UCACCGAAUAGAAUCACUCUGCAAAGGAACAGUAAUCAGACGAGAGAUGAAAUUGUAUCUAGCAAUUCUACUGGUGAUUUUGGCAGUAGCAGUGGCCGACAAAGACGACGAUUUCUUGUGGAAAUCCUUCAAGCUUGAACACCGUAAAAAUCACUCACCAGAGAAAGAGCUCAGUAGGAAGAAAAACUUUCUUAGACAGCAGCGGAGAAUCGAGAAACACAACCGAGAAAAUAACGGAUGGAAGAUGGCACACAGCCGCUUCUCCGAUAUGACGGACGAAGAGAAGUCGGUCGUUCGCGGAGCGAGAAUGAUGAAGCGCAAACCACAGGCUAAUGACAAUGCGGCUAACUUCCCCGACGACGUUCCACGCAACGUUCUUAAUCGCGCUCUUCCAAACUACAUUGAUUACCGGGCCAACAAGUGUUUGCAACCGAUCAGAGAUCAAGGCCACUGUGGAAGUUGUUGGGCUUUCUCAGCUAUCACGGCUCUCGAGUUCUCCAAAUGUAAGAAAACGGGGGUCGCAGUAGCACUCAGCGAACAAAUGUUGAUCGACUGCGAUCAUUCCAACUCCGGCUGCGGUGGUGGCGAUUACACCAAAGCUUGGCAAUACGCGUAUGACAAAGGUGGUGCCAUGACGUUGACGUCGUAUCCUUACGUCUCUGGGGCGAUCAAUCAAACAAACGUAUCGUGCAAGUUCAACAGCGCCUCAGUUGCUGUCAACGUUGCCUCUUACGAUUGGACCUAUCCGUAUUCCAACGCCACCGUUACGAUGACUUAUCUGCAAAGUUUCGGACCUUUACCUACAACCAUCAAGGUUCUGGACUCCCUUUUCAAUUACGCAUCCGGUGUCUACAGCGAUCCCGCUUGCAUCGUUGCUGACGAAAAUGACGUCGAUCACGCCGUCGUUAUCGUCGGAUACGGGACCACCAAGGCCACUGCUACCGCACCCGCCACUCCUUACUGGAUUGUCCGCAACACCUGGGGCACCGGAUGGGGUCUCUCCGGCUACUUCUUCAUCAAGCGCGGAGUCAACAUGUGCAACAUUGAAUCGUGGACAGCUUACGUAAGGGUUGUCUGAACCCAGCAAAGAAAUAACAUUUCGCUUUAACUUAUUUAAUUUUACAUUUGACUUUCAAUAUAUAGCCUAGACUUUUAUUCUAUUUAUGGUUCAGAAAUAAACGUAAUUAACAUC